AUGACUAUAGGUAAUCUAUCAAACCUCAAGAGAAAGCCAGGGGGAAAGCGUGCCCCCUGGCUGUUGAAAUGUCGUUCCUCGACAAGUUUUAUCAUUGCUGCAGUUUGGAUGUCUACCUUCACGAUAGUUCCCGUGAUGCCGACAGCCCUCAUGACCCGAGCUGGAGUCGAAUUUGAGCACCGAGAAUAUUGGGUCAGCGUCCUUCUCAUGUCAGAAGCAGGCACGGCUCUGCUGAUGUGUCCCAUAUUCGGCUACCUGGUCGACCGCGGACGCACACGUCGACUACCCUUCAUCGGUGCGCUGGUCGUAUUAGCCGUCUGCAUGCUGGUCUUGCAGCUGGCGCAUUCCACCGCUGCGUUUGUCGCGGCUCGUGUACUCCAAGGCAUCGCAGCCGCUUUAGUAGUGGUAUCAGCAUUCGCUCUCAUCGGCGAUGCCGUGUCCCAGGAUCGUCUCGGUCAAACGAUAGGUUAUCUCGGCUCCGCAAUUGCAUCGGGCUUUUUGCUGGGUCCGUUCCUCGGAGGCGUUGUGUAUAAUUCCGGCGGGUACGAUGCCGUGUUCUGGUUUGCGUAUCCUAUUAUUGCGCUUGAUAUGGUUAUGCGUCUCAUUUUGAUCGAGAAGAAGGUCGCUGUUCAAUGGAUUGGAGAAUCGAAUGGAGACUUGGAGUCGGAUCUGGAUACUGCGCAGCGUAUUCCAUCUGUCGGUUCUCGCGAACCACAGAGAAGGAAGGGGUUCGUUAUCUUCCGAAUGCUCAAGCAGCGCCGAGUAUUGAUCUCUUCGUGGGCGCUUCUCGCCCAGGGAAUCUUGCUUUCUGCUUUUGAUGCGACCCUUCCCAUAUUUGUCGAAACGACCUUUAGCUGGACUGCCCUCGGUAUGGGGCUAAUAUUCCUCCCAAUGGCCGUCCCGGCUUUCUUCGAGCCGUUGUUUGGCAGCUUCACCGACAGGUUCGGUGCCCGCUUCGUAGCCUUUGGCUGUUUCCUUUCCCUCUCACCUACCCUCAUAUGUCUCCGGUUCGUCCAGACAAAGUCGAACGAGCAGAUAGCUCUGUUGGUAUCAUUGCUCUUCCUUACCGGAAUAUUCCUCCAUGCCUGCGCGCCAGCCAUGUACGUUGAGACGCAGCGGGCGCUCAUGGUGAUGGAACUCAAGGACCCAGGAAUACUUGGGCCCAAAGGCGCUGUGGCGCAAGGAUUCGGAUUGCAGAGCAUGUGUCAAUUUGCAGGAGUAUUCUUUGGACCGCUUUGGGGUGGGUUUGUCGAGUAUCGUUUUGGGUGGGGCGCGAUGACGGGCACUUUGGGGGUCUUGGUAGCGCUUACUGCACUUCCGAUGUUGUGGUUGGGAGAAAGUGAGGAGGAAAGGGCUUUAAUGAGUUAA